CUGUUUUGCUACUUCACAAAACUGCAUCAUUAGGUUCCCCAAUUCAAAUCGCUAAUUACCAUCUCUACUUUAUUAACAUAUAUGAAAUUUCACUCUACCACUUAAUUUCUUGAAUUAAGCUAUGGGAACAGGCCCAUUUGACAGAAACCUCACAAGAAUUCAAAAUGAAUGACAUGACAGAGAGCCCGACUGUAUCAAACAGAGGACGUCAACGAGUAAUGGAAAAUAUGUUGAAUAAAAAAUGAUGGAAAAAAGCGGGAACCAAAAUCUCUUACCUAGGGAAGAAGAGGCAACCCGCCACCAAAAUUGCGAGAUUUCAACGUCUCAAACAAUAGAGAAAUCCACCACCAACUCGGCACAUCUCUGGCCGGUAAACCCGUCAACAUAUAUACUCCACAUCUCCGGCCGAACAAGAAGUGGGAAUCCCCCUAGCCGUCUACAGUUAGACAGUGAAAUCAACGAAGGGAAACCCAAACAGACAGUGAAUCGACGCUGCAAUCUAAACCGAAGGUGAAAUCGACGGUCACACACUACCUCCCCCUGAGUUCGGUGACUCCUCCAGUUGCGGAAAAUCAGCUGAAAACAAUUUUAUGAGCAUCUCCUUCAGUUGUAGAAUCUGCAGCAAACGUUCGAUGUGAAGUGAACAUUUUUAUUGUGGCAGGAAAGGAGAUUAUGGAAGACGGCAAUUGAGAUUCGUUGUUGGAAUGUGAUAAUGAGAAUGUUGUGGAGAAUUUGAACACAUUGGAUAGCGAAAAUAUAGGAGGAGAUGAUGUGACCGUACCUGUGGUGGGUAUGAUGUUCCACGACGAGAAGGAAAUGUUUGAGUUUUAUAAAAGAUAUGCUUAUGCCAUAAGAUUUCCAAUGAGAAAAAGGAAUUCCAAAAAAGGGGAAGAUGGAGUUAUGAGAUAUGUGAUGUUCACAUGUAGUCGUCAAGGUCAAAGAAGUUAUGCCACAAGCGGAUCCUUGAAGCCUCAACCAACAAGUCAAACAGACUGUAAAGUAAAGAUAUCUGCAUCUUUAGAUAUUCUUGGAGUUUGGAGAAUUAAUAAAGUGCACCUCGAUCACAACCAUAAAACGAGUCCUUCGAAGUCUGGGUUGUAUCGAUGCAAUCGAAAAUUGAGUGCAAGUGUGAAAAGGAACCUUGAAGUGAACGAUAUGGCAAGAAUUUCGUUGCACAAGAUUUAUAACUCCGCAGUUGUGGACGCUGGUGGAUACGAGAAUACUACUUUUGUGGAGAAGGAUUGUCAGAACUACGUGGAACAAGUCAGACGAUUACGCCUUGGAGAAGGAGAUGCCCUCGCAAUACAGGCGUACUUUUCAAAGAUGCAAGCACGGUGCUCAGGAUUUUUCUUUAAUAUGGACUUAGAUGAGGAGUGUCGGCUAAAGAAUGUUUUUUGGGCAAAUCACAGAUGUAGGCAGUCUUACAAGGAGUUCGGUGAUGUCGUCACUUUCGAUACUACCUAUUUGACUAAUAAGUACGACAUACCAUUUGCCCCUUUUGUUGGGGUGAAUCAUCAUGGACAAUCCAUACUGUUGGGCUGCGGACUGUUAUCGAAUGAGGACAUCGGGACUUUUGUGUGGUUGUUUAGAACAUGGCUUGAGUGUAUGCAUGGACAAGCUCCUAAUGCAAUUAUUACUGAUCAAGAUCGGGCAAUGCAAACUACAGUUGAUAUUAUUUUUCCGAACACGAAGCAUAGAUGGUGUCUGUGGCACAUUAUGAAGAAGUUGCCAGAAAAGUUCGGAUAUCAUGUUCAGAAGAGCUCAAUAUUUUCUGCAAUUCAUGAAUUGGUGUAUGAUUCCGACAAUGGUCAAGAAUUCGAAGAAGGUUAGAGUUUGAUGCUCGAAACAUAUGAGUUACAUGAUAAUGAUUGGUUAGCUGGGUUGUAUGAGAAUAGAGCUCGUUGGGUGGCUUGUUUGUUGAAAAUCACCUUCUGGGCAGGCAUGUCUACUACACAACGAAGUGAGAAUAUGAAUGCAUUUUUUUAUGGUUAUGUGCAUUCAAAGACCUCACUGAAGUAGUUCGUCGAGCAGUACGAGAGAGCACUACGAAAUAAGGUAGAGAAGGAGUUUCAGGCUGAUUUCGAAUCGUAUUCUCAAAUGGUACCGUGUGCGAUGCUUUUCGAAAUGGAAAAGCAAUUUCAAGCAGCUUAUACCAUUUCAAAGUUCAAAGAAGUUCAGGAUGAGAUCACUGGGAAGGUAUAUUGCGACGUCAUAUCUGAAAGUGCAAAUGAUUACUACUGGUCGACUUAUGAUAUUCAUGAGCAUGUCGCACUUCAUGAUCACCAAAAGAUGAAAACUUUUACCGUGUCAUUUCGGAGGGAUACGUGCGAAUUGAUUUGUAGCUGCCACCUGUUCGAAUUUUGAGGAAUUAUUUGUAGGCAUGCGAUUGCGGUCUUGUUUCUUAAUAAAAUUUUCUCGAUGCCCGAUCAGUAUAUAAUAAGGAGAUGGAGAAGAGAUGUCAGUAGAGCACAAAAUAGGAUCGCAGUAAACUACGAUGGACUAGCAAAUACUCUUGGAAAGCUUAGGUAUGACGAAAUGUGUCAGGCUUUUUCGGAGGUGGCGGACCUUGCAGCAGACGAUGAGGGACAGGUACGCAGUGUAAUGGAGUGGAUAUGAUCGCAAGCAAACGAAUUACGGAUUACAAAGUCAAGUAUGGAAAGCACUGGUCAGACCCAAAUGGCAAGUAGCAAUGCGAACCUAUUAGAUCCAGUAUCGUGUAAACGAAAGGGAGCACCGAGGAAACUUUGGAGGAAAAGCCCGUUGGAGGCCAGCUCAAACAGAUCAAAGGCCUCCGCAUCAUCGAGCAAAGGAAAGAGACCUACAGUUCGACGUAGCAAUACAGAAGAGACGUCAAUCGAUGUUCAGGUGGCUCAACUUCCACAAUGAUCUAUGCUGCCGCCAUUACAAUGUUUCAUCCGGCCGACGCGCACAAAAGUUGUACUUAAUGCUCAAGGUAUACCUCUCCAUUUAGCAAUGAAAGGUCUAAUCAUGCCAUACUUCUAUCCACAUUUGCCUGAUCAAGGUGGCACGGGCAUGUGAUUCUCGUUCGGAAGAGGUGCAAGCAUUUCGAAAUUGGUGGAGACGAGAAAGGAAACGGAGCCUCUCUUUCUAGGUGUGCUUCCGUGGGAAUUGAGAAGGAAUUUGUUUUGCUAUUGUAGAAGUCCCCAUCUAAUACACACUUUUUUUUGUUAUUUUGAAAGCUAAACAUCAAAUUGUUUGUCGUUGCGAGUAUUAUGACUUCAAAUGAUUAUGUUUGUAAGAGUUAAUACCGUUUAUUACAUAGACCUAAUUACAUAUGUUUGUAAGAGUUAAUAUCAUUUAUGGAAUUUAUGGCAAAUAUUUUGUAUUGUUUGCCCAAUUUAUAAAGUUUUAUUUCCCAACACAUGAAAAUAGAAGUUCAUAAUUACAAAGAUAUGUUCUGCGUUAUUCUCAAUGUCAUUAAAUCAGUUGGUAAUUUGAUA